AUGGAACAAAAAGUUGACCUAAAAUCUUUAACAAUUCCGCAAUUAGAUGAAAUACGCAAACAAAUAGAAUUAGAGUUAAAUUAUUUUACAAAUAGUUUUUCUAAAUUAAAACAAGCUCAAUUUAAGUUUAAAGAAUGUAAGAAAUUGGUUAAUACGUUAUUAAAAAAAGAAAACAAUAAUAAAGAAAUAUUAAUACCGUUAACAACAUCUCUUUAUGUUUCAGGAUUUUUAGUUUCCGAUCCUGAAAAAGUGAUGGUAGAUAUUGGUACUGGGUAUUAUGUUGAAAAAACAAUUGAUGGAGCAAUAAAGUUUUAUGAUGAACGAAUAAAGUAUUUAGAGACAAACUUUCGAGAUUUAGAAACACAUCUUAAUGCAAAGUCAGAUAGCUUAAAAGCUGUUACAGAAAUUAUGCAAGAAAAAAUUAAGAAUCUUCAAACAUCUCCUAAUUAA